UGUGGCCCCAUCACACUUGCUAUCUACCCCAAGCCCUCUCUUUCUUUCGGCUUUUCCGAAUCGGGCCUCCAAUCCGGAUCCCUUCAUUGUCUUGUAGACAAUGGCUUGGUGCGGCGAAUGGCAAAACUCACUGAUGAUGUCGACUACGAUGCCGGUGAAACGUUUGAGAAGGUAUCAAGUCCACUGUCAGAUGUUGGGAAUCAUGACAACUACUAUGGCAGACGACUUCGGACUAGGUGUGUUCUACAUGGCCUCCCUGAAAACAAGAUUAAGUUGCGACAACGAGGUCAACCCACUUCUAUCAAUCCAAAGGAGACUGCGACCACACCCGAGGCCACAACAUCUUGGUCUUCAUAUAUUCAACUUACUUCGAUUGUUUAA